AUGUCUUUCAUUGGUACCCAGGACAAGUGCAAGGAAUGCGAGAAGACUGUCCAUUUCAUAGAUCUCCUGAGCGCAGAUGGAGUUACCUAUCACAAGAGCUGCUUCAAGUGCAGUCACUGCAAGGGAACUCUCUCGAUGUGCAACUACUCCUCCAUGGAUGGUGUCCUCUACUGCAAACCUCACUUCGAGCAACUCUUCAAGGAGACAGGAACCUUCACCAAAAAAUUCCCUGCAGGCGCAAAGUCUGGAGAGAGGAACGAACAGUCCAAGACACCAAGUAAGAUCUCCUCCAUGUUCAGUGGAACUCAAGACAAGUGUGCUGUCUGCAAGAAAACAGCUUACCCCUUGGAAACGCUGACCAUGGAGGGGGAGUCGUACCACAAGACCUGUUUCAAGUGCUCCGUCGGAGGCUGCACCCUCACGCCUUCGUCCUACGCGGCGCUCGACGGCAUCCUCUACUGCAAGCACCACUUCGCGCAGUUGUUCAAGGAGAAGGGAAGCUACAACCACGUGAUCCAGGCAGCGUUGGGGAAGCAGAACACGGCGGAGCAGCCACCGUCGGAGGCAGCGCCUGAAGAACCCGAGCAGGACGGGGAGCAGCAAACAUGAGGACGUGAACACGUCGAGCAUUGCUCUUUUUCUUCUGCUUCUUUAUGUCUGACUUCAUCCUUUCCACCGGAAAAGAUGGGUCUGUUCCUGCCUUGUUAUGGUUCUUUGUUUGACUUGAUGUGGUAGCCGUAACAAAGGAAAUGAA